UGCUUUUUUUUGCCUAUUAUUGAAUUCAAAAUUUUAUCUAUUAUAUGUGCUUAUUAAUCACAAUAACUUGAUUGAUUAAUAAAAUAUUUUAAUAAACCAUUAUCUAAGAAAAUGAAUAAUAAUUGAACUGUGUAUUCAAUAUUUCUGAAUCAAUCUCUCCUUGUUACGAUUUCCACGGCAACAAUAAAUUGUUGCUAUGGUUGUUAGGAAUAGUAAAUGGGGUAAUUCAGAAGUGAAGUGAAGUGACUAACGAAUGAGUAUUAGGAAAAGUAAUAUAUCGCUGAUUAAUAUUUGCAAGUGCAGUUUUUAUUUAGGGAAACCUUCUAAUUUGGAGAUAUUUUGAAAAAUCGAAAGGAAAAUCCCCGAAAUAAUGUCAAACGUGACGUAUGACGAGCUCUGGAGAGAUGCACAGUGUUCUCUGGAGGAAAUAAUCCAAGUGGACUCGACUCUCCAGAACUCGAAGCCCCAAAAGGAUCGAAGGAAGGUCCAUCGAAACGUCUCUGAGCUCUACGUCCGCUACAUUGUGACAUGCAACAAAUUGGAGCAAUGUUAUGAUCAAAUUAUUCAGCCGCAGAAGCGCUCCCUAAUUCGAAAAUUGCUUGACUCAACUCUGGGCCGAAUUCUCGAGCUGAAACACGAGCUCGUGGAAGUUGAUCUAUCGGAGUACAAUUACUACGAUGACAUUCUCAUGAAAUAUGGCAUCCUACCGCAGGAAGCUGAGCUGAAGAUACCGACUUACAUCAGACGGGAGAGAGAGAACGAGAUAAAAGAGCGACGGAGAUUUAUGAGUGACGUGCUGCGUACAGUAGGUGCACUUGAUGAAAUUAUUCAACCAAAGACGUUGAGUGAAUUCGAAGCAAUACGGCUCAUCCAGACACACGAACGGGCACGCCAAGGUCGUGUGAGAUUUCAAUUCAUGAAAGAAAUUCGAGAGAUGAAAGAGAGAUCGACAAUCAAACCGGACGUUGAACCCAGUGAUCCGGUCAAGGAAAUAACCGCAACAAUGAGAAUACAAAAGGUCUGGAGAGGUUAUAUAACGCGUCAGAGAAUGAGAAAACGAAGGAUCGAGGAGAUGCUGUUGAUAGGAAUGGUACAACCAAGUCAACUGGUGUCGGAGAAUUAUCGUAAGGCCGAGAGAAUUAAAUUUCAUCGAUAUGAAAAACAGCUGGAUUAUCAGAUUAUGUACGAGAAAAUGUUGGUAGAGACUAAGGAGUUUGUUAAGAAGGAGAAGAGUGCGAUAAUGGAGGAAACAAUGAGAAUUGAAUUGAGAAGUUGGAUAAACGAUUACUUUCAGCAAACUGGCAAAAUACCUGAGCUACCGUCCGCAGAGAGCGGAGGCUCCAGAAUCAUUCUCAGUCGGCAGGGAACGGAGAGUUCGUUGAGUAAAUCAAAGGAGUCCUCUUCAUCGAAAGAAUCAAAAAAAUCUAAAAAGUCUAAAGGCAAAAAAGAGAGCGAUACCGAUAAGUCCGAGGAGGACGAAUCAGAUCCGGGAAUAAAGCCAAUACCCUCGAAUUUUCUCCCCGAGCUGAUCCAAGCCAAUCUCGAGUACCAGGAUAUCUGGCAAGGCAAAGAUGAGUCGGAAAACCCUUGGCGAUUGCCCUACAGCGACAUGGUCCUGUCCGAAAAGACUCAGGAGAUUGAAGAGGAAGUGAGAAUUGGAGUGGACAAUAUCAUCAGAGAUGAUAUAGAAGCGCUUCAAGCUGCUCUAGAUCGUGACAAGGGUCAUAAGGGCAAACGUCCCAAGAAAGCGCAAAAGCGUAUGCGUAGGAGUGGUAAAAAGAGCAAGAGGAAAAAGGAAAAGGACUUGACUCCUGAUCGUACAACCGAAUCCCUCUUCGAGGAGUUACUCACCAACGGCAUAAUCAAACUCGUACCGGACAUUUAUCUCAAUUCCUUCAAGGGUGAAAAAUCUUACGCGAAUUUUCAUCUAUGGGACAAGGGAAAGGAUAAUUUGCCGAGCAUUGGAGAAAUAAGACAGCUGUUCUCUGAAUACUGCAUCCUUCCCCUUGCUACGGAAAACAUACGGCUCCUAUCUCCCCUAGUGCGCUCCGUCCUGAUAGCCGGACCGAACGCCAGUGGUAAAAAAAUGCUGGUUUAUUCAGCCUGUACCGAACUUGGAGCAACUCUCUUUGAUAUAACACCAGCCAACAUUGCUGGUAAAUAUCCAGGAAAAUCGGGACUAAUCAUGUUGUUGCAUUUAAUCUCCAAGGUAUCACGGCUCCUGCAGCCAUCGGUGAUAUUCAUGGAUGGAGCUGAGAAGCCCUUCGUCAAGAAAGUGCCGAAAACCGACAAGACAGAUCCCAAGAGACUGAAGAAAGAUCUACCAAAGUUGGUGAAAAGUUUCACCAAUGAGGAUCGAGUUAUUUUAAUUGGUACGACAAGUUCACCCUGGGAUGGAGAUCAGAAGCUGCUUUAUCAGACGUACGACAGAGUUAUUUACAUACCCCGACCCGAUUACAGCACCAUGUCAAUGCUGUGGAAGGAUUUGCUUUACAAAUAUGCCGGCAUCAGCCGACAAUUUGACACGUCAGCAAUGGCCAAGAUCUGCGAUGGUUUCACACUUGGCCGGGUUAUCCAAUCUAUAAAUGAGGUCAUGACUACUAAGAGAAUGGUCCAGCUCAGGGUCCAGCCUUUAACGCAUGCUGAACUAGUUAAUGCACUGAGCGCCAGGGAUCCCGUCUAUAAGGAAGAGGAAGAAGCUUUUCUUGCAUGGUUCUCAAAAACCCCAACCUGCCGGAAGAAACAGAAAGCAAUUGAAUUGGAGCUCCAGAAGUUGGAGGAGGCCAAUGAGAAGCAAAAGAAGAAGGGGAAAAAAUAAUUAAUGGGGAAGAAGUUGUGAUGGCAUUUUAAGAGAUGUUUUUAUUUUAACUGAAAAUUCCGAAAGUAUUUUCGAAUAUCAUCCUUCCAAAGCAUUCAAUGAUAUCUUUAUUUGUUUUAGCCGUUAUUUAUCUUGGUGUAUUUAAUUUUCAUUGUCAAACUUUGAAAUUUUUCUUUUCAAAUGUGAUGUGUCACAUUCAUUCUAGUACACUUAAAACAAUUUGUUCUCUCAACGAUAAUACUGAUAAUAAGUUUACAAUAUGCAGAAACAAAAGUAUUUUCACUCUUAUUUUUCAAUUUGGGCCCGAGUCUUAUCUGAUUCAAACGUGCUUGAGGGAGUUUAAAUUUGUGCCCCCAUUAUUUUCUUAUGGUGCACCAAUACCCCGACAGAACCCCCACUUUCUCAACAGCUAAACGAGUCUUAGACCCUGAUCGUUUAAUCGUUCGAGCACUCGAUAAAUAGACUCCAAAAUAGAAAAUUUUCUACUGUAACUUAUCGCUGCGAGCAAAGGUAAUUGAACUGAGAAGACAAGUUAUAAAAAGAGAGGAGGGAUUGUUUUGAAGGUCUUCAUGUUAGGGUAACUCAUGGUUUCAAUCGUAGGCACUGCCAGCCAUGAAAACUGGCUUCAGAUAUCCGGUACAAAGGGAAUAACAGAUGCCUUUGUGGAGGGAAAUUUUCUGAGAAAAGCCUUGACUAGGGAGGCAGGGAGCGUAGGCCUACGGGCCCUAAACACACACACCAAC